AUGGUGGCAUCGUUCAAAUCGAUAUACGUGCUAACGCUUCUACUCAGUGUAUGCUUCGGGUUAGAUCUAGGGUUCUCCCCUAAAUACUAUACCCAUUCGGAACGAGUGGAUCUUCUAGUUAACAAAGUAGAAUCCGACAAUACCCAGCUCCCCUUCGAGUACUACAACUUGCCCUUUGUGUGUCCACCAGGAGAUACAGCCAAACCAGUACACUUGUCGCUUGGAGAAAUCCUCAGAGGGGAUAGAAUAUGGCAAAGUAACUACGAGUUAUAUUUCGGAGUCGACAUGCCCUGUAUGAGACUCUGUGACCUCAUAGCCAAGGAAAGUGGAUUAAAAAGAGCGGAUCAUUUAAUCAAAAAUGGCUACGUCGUUCAUUGGAGUCUAGAUGGUUUACCUGGAGCAACAACCUUCCAGUCUGUCACUCAGAAAACAAAGUACUAUGCUGCCGGAUUUCCCUUGGGUUUUGUCAAGGGAGAUUUAAGUUAUAUAUACAACCACGUCAUGUUGGUCAUCAGAUACCAUAAGGAAGGUCCUAACCAAAACUCUAUUGUUGGUUUCGAAGUAUACCCCAAGUCUGUGAGCAAUGAACAAUGCCCAGGAUCUUCCAAGAACUACAAGAACUUUGCUAUUACAUUCAAUAAAGACGCAGAUGGACAUAUACUUCCACAGAGAACGACCAUCCCAUACACCUAUUCCGUAUACUGGAGAGAAGAUAAGUCUAUUGAUUACGACUCACGUUGGGACUUGUACUAUGAAGACGAGACUAGCAACUCGAACCACCAUAUCCAUUGGAUUUCCUUCGUCAACUCCUUGGUGUUGAUUUUCUUGGGAUCCUUGGUGGUAGCUGUAGUUCUUUUGAGAGUCUUGAGAAAGGAUAUCCAAGGAGGUCUGUUAUUACCCAGUAACGAAUUCGAUCCAUCUAACUCUUGGAAGAGUUUGGUGACAGAGGUUGCUCAAAGACCCGUAUUGGCAACAUCAUUAACAACGUUGGCUGCCAGUGGUAUACAGACUCUUAUUGCCAUUGUCGGAGUUAUUUUUAUCUUUGUGGUGAACUCGAAGUUCAGCUUCAGUAACUCUCGUUCUACUAGUACUUUUUUCAACUCACACGAAGGUGCAUUUUUCUCUGUUUCAUUGUUCUUUUUCAUUGCUUCGGGAUACUUUUCGUCUUACUUCGGUAUUAUCAUCAAUAAGAUGUUCCAUCACGAUUACCUUAACCAGCCAUAUUCCAUUAGCAAAACCAUAUCAUUGUCGCUUCUUUUCAGUGGAUUCCUUCCGUGUCUUGCUUUCAGUGUAAUUUUGUUUCUCAACUUCUUCGUGUGGGCACAGGAAUCUUCUACUGCUUUGCCUUUUGGUACAAUCAUAGUGAUGGUAUUAUUGUUCCUCAUCAUCCAAUGUCCUUUGGGUGUUGUUGGCGGAUACCACGGAAACAGACGACAAUUUGACCGCAAGUCUACUUUCUUGAAGACUUCCUUAUUGUCUCCUACAAAGGAGAGUUUUGAGGAUCUGAUUAAAGCAAAACCUUCUCCUAAGAAGGUUCCGUUGAUGCUCAAUCCCCUUAUCAGCAUUGUCAUUUUCGGAUUAAUACCGUUUGGUGUCGUGUACGUUGAAUUGCUUUUCAUUUUUAAUUCUGUAUGGUUGGAGAAAACCACUUUCUACUAUAUGUACAGUUUCCUUUUCGUUACCACGCUCAUGUUGAUAGUGAUCAUUGUCGAGUCAACCAUUAUCGCCGUAUACAUUUCGCUUGCGGUGUACCAUAAUCCACACUGGCAAUGGUUGAGUUUCAGAAUUGGUUCUAGUAUUGGAUGGUUUAUCUUUGGAUACUCUAUCUACUACUUUAUAUUUUACCUAAGUGUUCACGACUUCGUCAGCAGCUUGUUGUUUUUCGGAUAUAUGGCACUUGCAUGCAUAGCAGUUGGACUAGGCUGUGGUGCCGUAGGUUUAUUGACUGGUUUGAUUUUCAUCAAUGUGAUUUUCAGUGCCGUUAAAGAAGACUAA